CGCUCCUUCUCUUCUCACACCAAACACCACAUCUUCAUGUGGGCGCGCAUUGUCAGUUGUUAGUGCCACUUCUUGUUAGUUAUUCCUCCAUCGUUCUCGUCUAUCACAAUGAUCGCUUUCGCUUCUCCUCUCUCUGGCCCUCUGACUUUUCCCGGUCUGAGCAGCCUUUCUUCCGCAGCCUCACUUGUGAGCAUGUCCUUUGGUUGACGCGACUCUUUUGCAGCGUCAGCCGCGGAUAAGCUCUUCUAUUAUUCCUUUUCUGCUUCAUGAUUAUGAUGCCUUGAGCCCACGAUUACAUUGUUCAUCUACUUCUUCUCAUCAUCGUCGUCUUGUCUUACUCUUUGGUCGAUGAAGGAAACCCGUCUAACUUGUCUCUCGUUAUGCACAGCUCACAGACCUCAUCAACCGCAAAAUUGCUGCUUGCGCUCGACGCUCGGCCAGCCUUUGCUUGCGGAAAUUUUCGCUCCGUCCGGACCGUGGACGUCGUUUUCGCUCGUGGCAGCUACAUUGAUUCUUCCUCCUUUUAGACUACGUCCCCUAUAAGGUCGAGCUCGUGUCUCGUACCCCUUGGUCAACUGUGCAGCUACCACUCUUUAGAAAUUCGCCACCAUGGACACAUACGGACGUGACGAUGCACGUGGCGCAACAGACGCUUAUCGCCGCCGUAGCCCGGGCGCAGACAGGUACCAGCGUGACCGCGCUCGCCGUCGUUCUAGGUCACCUCCCGCCAUUGAUCGAUAUCAACCCGGUGGCCGCGAUGACAAGUACCGCCAGCGAGAUGAGCCUCGUCGUCGAUCUCCUGCAGCUCCCCAGCACAUUGAUCGUUAUGUCCCCGGUCAAGAAGUUGCGCCAACGAUUGUUAGCAAUCCGCUGCCAAACCCUCUCACGCUCGACUACCAGGUUGGCUUUACAUGGUUUGCAGAGUGGUGGAGAGUUGACAAUUACAUCAAAGAGCAGAAGGAACGCCAAGCCGGCAAGAGAGUUGGCAUCAAAGGCGAAAAGGAAAUCAAAGAAGAGAAAGCGAAGGAGCGCGAGUUGAUUCAAGCCGCCUAUGAUGCUUACAAGGAGAAGCUACAGAUUCAAAUGGCCCGUACAUUCGUCCAGCAGCACAAGGGUGAGGAGUGGUUCAAGGAGCGCUAUGACCUUAGUGUCCGGGAGCCUUUCCGUCAACAGCUUGGGGAAUUCAGACGCACAGCGUAUGCAAAGUGGGUACAAGAUAUUGAGUCCGGUGUUUUUGACGAAUUCACGCUCGAAGGCAUCUACAAGGGCGAGGCCAAUGGUGAGGGCGGUGUAGUUGAGAAGGAAGAAGGUGAGGCUGUUGCAGCGAAUGAAGUUCUUGGUGUUGGCGAUCUCCUACCCACCCGUGGCGGCGACCUACGUGAUGAAGCCACGUUACAACCGACUCUACUGAUCAAAACGAUUGCACCAACCGUCAGUCGCUCAAAGCUUGAGGCCUUUUGUAAGGAGCAUCUAGGCGAGGGUGAGGCGGGCUUUCGCUGGCUAAGCUUAAGCGACCCAAAUCCAACGAAGAAGUACCAUCGUAUUGGUUGGGUUCUGCUUAAUCCAUCCUCGGAGCCAACAAACAAGGAAGAAGAUCGUGGCGAUGGCCGUGAUGGUGAUGAAGAGAUGGAAGAAGGUGCUGUAGAGUCCGAAGGACCAUCCGUGUCUCUGGCAGUUGCGAAGAAGGCCUUAGAAGAGAUUAACGGCAAGACGAUCAAGGAUGAAGAGCGCGGCGACUUUACCUGUCAUGUAGGCAUCCAUGAACCGCCUAAUGCACCCCGAAAGAAGGCAUUGUGGGACUUGUUCUCCGCUCCAGAACGAAUCGAACGCGACCUUCAGCUUGCGAUUCAGCUUACAGAGAAGCUCGAUACAGAAAUGGGCAAUGGCUUCGCUGGCGUCACCAAGGUGGUAGAACGUGUGGAGGACCUGCAAGGGAAAGGCUGGCUUCAACCUCCUGUCAAUGCUGGCACGACCAAACCGGAGAGUGACGAUGACGAGGAGGGCGCAAUUGAAGACGAUCCCGCCGACGACGAGGUCGACGAUGAGGAGCUUAUCGUGAAGAAGAAAACGCUUGAUUUGCUCGUUGAAUACCUUCGCCGCGUUCACAAUUUCUGUCUGUUUUGCGUCUUUGAGAGCGACUCUGUGCAUGAGCUCUGUCGCAAGUGUCCUGGAGGCCAUCUUCGCCGUCCCCGCGCUAGUUUGACAUCAUCUGCGAAGCUGGUAGCGAAGGCAAGCGCUGAAGGCAAAGCGUUCCCCUUCAAGAAAACUAGCCAGGGCUCUUCAGACGCUGAUGGCGACUCGCCCGCCGAGGAGAAAAAGCCUGCCUUUCAACCCGGUUCAAAGACGUAUCAGCAGCUUCAAAAAGCAUUCAACUGGGUCAAAACCUAUGAAGACAAGCUUCUUCAGAUUCUGGACCCGGAAAGCGUUGACCUUCGCAAAAUUGGUGGCAAGCCACUCGACGACGGCUUGGAGGAAGAGCUGGCCAAGUAUGUGAAGCAGGAGGAUGAGGCAAAAUUUCGCUGCAAGGUUCCAGACUGCACAAAGCUUUUCAAAGGCCAGGUGUUCUGGCGCAAACAUGUUGAGAAGCGUCACGAGGAGUUUUUUAACAAGAUCAAGUCCGAUGUCAUACUCGUAAACAAUUACGUGCUCGAUCCCGCACACAUUGCACCUUCCCGCAGCGAUGCCAACAGCAACGGCCACUUCCCACUCAGCAACCACGGCCAAGCGGGCACUCCUCGUGGCUUCAACCUAGCGAACGCGCCCUUCAGCGUACCGUCCAACGGUAACGCUCCAAGCGCGAUUCAGAUUGCACAGUUCAUGGCUCAGCAUGGCAUGGCAGCCCAGUGGGCAGUGCCGCCAGGUGCUGACGGCGAUCACGCCGGUGUCCGUCGCACGGGUGCAGGUCGCUUUAACAGCCGUGUCGCCGGCCCCUACGACCGCAACGGCAAGGACCAGCGCAGUGCUCGCUGGAACAGUUCUGGUCGUCUCAGCCCGGUCCGUGGUAAGUUGAUGAAUCCGCGGUUUUCGGACGGCGGAGGUGCGGGACCUCGUGAAGCGGUUCAAGGCCGUGCACUGAAGAGCUACGAAGACCUCGAUGCCACCACCACAGGUAACGGCACAGCCGCCCUGGACUACUAAGUCUUGGGCGCCGCCGUGACAUUUCGAGGCACGGAAUUGGGAGCAACUUGGCCGUUCCCCCCGUGUCCUGGCCAGACAUGAGCACGCGUGUUGGGGUGCAUCACAAAUUGGGGUUGAAGAUGGGUCCAGAUGGGCCAUGACCAGUUUCGGCGUCACGGAUAAUUAGCUUGUACUUUUUCAGCAUGGCAAAAGCUUGACGGCUCUCGGUUUGGCGAGAUAUCUGUCGUUGACCUGGGCUCAUGGCAGGAGUUCAACAAGGGACGGCGUCGGUGUGGGUUCAUUUAUGGGAUGUGAUGCUAAGACAAAUGUGCCAAAUGCGGCCAUUACCAGGUCGUCGGCAGCAUUUUCGACUUGUAUGUAGAACAGACGAUCGCACGAGUGUGACAAAAUGUUAGGCACUCUAUCGCGUCCAAGCCCCUGAUGUUCC